UAUAGGAAUGGGAUCAUUUCCCCUGCUCUUUUAAAAUUAAAUUUAAUUAGAAUCUGGGACUUUAGGGAAGAACUCUAGAAAAGUAACCAUAACUGAAUUGGGGGUGGAAUUACAAAAUGACAGACAAAAUGACAGUGAAGAUCCCUUCAACUAUUAUGACAGCAGCCUUCACCGAGAAAGACUUCUAUGUUCAGCAUUUUGACCCAAAAGAAUACCUGGAAAUGUAUUUUACCUUUCAUCCUGAGAAAGAAGAAAUAAAUGCCCUUAUAGAUUUUAUUCUCAAAAAUCUUCACAAGGCAUUCCAUUCGGGUGGCAUUAAAGGAGACACCCUGAUUCAUUUUGGAAUUGGAUCCGCCAUCUACCCGUUCCUCUCUGCCUGCGAGUCCUUCCGAGAGAUCAUCUCCACAGAUUAUACCGACCAGAACCUGGAGGAGCUGCAGCGGUGGCUGAGGAAGGAGCCGGGAGCUUUCGACUGGAGCCCAAUAGUGAAGUACGUCUGUGAGCUGGAAGGAGACAGAGAAAAGUGGGUCCAAAAGGAAGAGACGGUCCGAAAAGCCAUCAAGCGAGUCCUGCAGUGUGACCUGACCCAGCCCAACCCUUUGGCCCCUCUGUCUCUCCCUCCAGCCGACUGUCUGCUCUCCACGUUUUUACUGGGCGUAGCUUGCAAAGACUUGCUCACCUACCACUUUGCCCUGAAGAAUCUCAGCUUCCUUGUAAAACCUGGGGGGCAUUUGGUUUUAUUUGCCCUCCUGGAAGAAUCUUUCUACAUGGUUGGCCAGCACCGUUUCUCUUUCCUCUACUUGAAUCAGAAAAGUGUAGAAGAAGCUGUGAAAGAGGCUGGCUUUGAUAUUGAGUGGGUGGAGGGGACCAAGUUAAACUUUCCAUCAGCUUUGUCUGAUGUUAAGAGAGAGUGUGUGCUGGUUGCCAGGAAACGCUGAAGCAGGUGUGGUGGCGGUGGUAAAUGGCAAGACUAGCACAAGUGCUGAUUUCCUUUUUUAUCAUUAUGCUUACAGAAUCCUCCCUUAGCAGAGAAGAAGUUUUGUUUAGUUGGCUUAAGUGGAGGCACUUCUUCAAGGUAGCAGAACUUCUUCCCCAUAUAUCCUUACAGGGAGGUAGGGUUGCCACCUCCAGCUUGGGUUUUAUGUUUUUCACUUUUGUAUGGUCUCCUUCCUGUCUGAAAUCUGUUUGUGGAUAUUUUUAUGCUGCUCUUUUUUCUAUGGCUUGUUUUUAAUGGCUUGUUUCAUUUUAAUAUUCAUAUUUUGUAAUGAUUUUCUGUGAUUAUUUUAACCAGCAAACUUCCUCAAGCAAGUUUAAUCUGCAUAAACAUUUCCUAAAUAAACAACUGACCUAAUUUUAAAAAAUCAUCUAGUUUCUUUGCAAAGUCCUUACCUUCUUUUAACAAUCUACUCAUCCCUUUCACAAACAUCAACCCCACUGUUUCCCUGCCCAGUUUCCUGCUUUUAACAAAUUGAAAUAAUUUGUUUGCUCUAAUUGUUUUUCACCAAUAUGUUCUCAUAUUCUCUUUCCACACACUGUAACACAGGGCACUAAUUUCAUAACAGGAAACGUUUAAGAUUAUUUGCAUCUGAUCACAAGCCGAAAAAGCAUUCAGUGGAGCAAAAACUUCUCUAUCAGAUAUGGACCAAAUCCAUCCAUCCUUUCUCCAAUAAAGUGGUCAGUGA